AUGGUUCGCUCCAUCAAAGAGGCUGACAAGCCAGCGAAAAGGGGCAAGAAAACUGAAACCCAGAAGGAGGCACAUGUUUCCAAACCAGCCAAGGGGCAAACCCCUAAGAAGCUAAAGUCUAACAAGGCUACUCCAUCCCAAUCUCAACCGAAGAAGAAGAAGAAGCCUACUAGGAAGCUCGUACUCCAAUCUUCCAGUGAUUCAGACUCAGAGUAUGUUCCUCCCAACCAUAAGUCUGCUCCUCCUUCAGAAUCAGAGAGCGAAAGCUCUGAUGAUGAGGCUUCGGCUCGAGGUGAAACUCCGCCUCGAUCCCCUACCCCAGAAAUUCCAGUUCACUCCAAGCCUCCUUCUCCUCCACCUGUUACCAUCCUAGUAUCCAUCCCUCCAGUAUUUCUUAUCCCAACCACUCAACCAUCCACCACUAUUCCCAUCCAUACUCCUAUAUUCACAAACACUACUACCACCACUACUACCACAUGGGCUCACUCUACAGCUACCAAUCCACCAGUUACAACCGAACCACCAAAAACAACCAAACCUCCAACAACUUCCAAACCCUUAUCUCCUACUCCAUCUACAGAAACCACCCCUGUUCUAGGCGGUGAGGAAUUGGAAUUUGAUUCCACUUACUUUAGUCCUUACCGUGUUCAGAGUGAUGAUGAUGAUGACGAGCCUGUUACCAAGCAUCAUCUCAAAGCAGUAAACGAAAAGCUAGAUCAACUGCUCUCCUCCUCUUCCUCUGGUGCAUACUCUGAAGCUACUUUAAAGGCCUUAUUCUCAUCUGUUGUUCAAGAACAUAGUGCCUCACUCUCCGCUGCAGCUAAGGCUAUUGACGCCUCCUCUUCACAAUCUCAACAAGCCUCUCUUGCUGUUGAGGCUUCCAACAAGGAGUGCAAGGAAGCGACCGCAAAAGCGGCUACUAAGAAGAAUGCUCAAACCGUCAAUGCUCCGGUGGAUAACCUUCAACGGUCCCUUCAAUCUGAAAGGUCCAAUCUUGAAGCUGCACGCCAAUCGAUUGAAGCUGCUAACGAAUCUCUACAUGCUAAUGUUAAUGAUCACCUGACUCAACUUGAGGCAGAAUUAGCUGUAGAGAAUCGCAUCAUGCAUGAGGUUGACAGCAGAACCUCUCAGCUGAAGAUGCAAAAUUACAAGUCGCGUACUGCCACUGCUGAGCUUAAUGACCUGAAUUCCGAAAGGGAGGUUAUUCGAAGUUAUGUUGCUGACGUUCGCUCCAUCUUCCUUCAUCUCCUUGAAGUGCAUGAUCCAAUCAUCACCAUUACUAUCAUACGACACUUGGAUGACAAGCUCAGGCCAGCAUUGGACAUCCUUAGUCGUAUUGAGGGUGUUCCGGAGAAGAAGAAGAAGAAGAUUGGGGAAGAUGACACAGACAAUGAAGAUGAUGUCUAUGCUGAGAAUCCUAAAAAGCCUUUUAAGAAGGCAAAGUCCUCUGAGAAAGAGCUUGAAGAAAAGUACAAGAAACAACAGGCUGAGUUUGAGCAAAAGCGAAAGGAGGCGGAGCUCCUAGAAAAGAAGAAGUCCAUUUUUCCCGACUAG